AAGGUUGUCUACUACACGAUACUUUGGUCUUGUGAUCCAAAUGGGAUUGGAGCAAAAUGUAGGCAGUUAGAAGAAAGAAUGAAGUAUUUGUAGGUUGCUGUAAUAAAAUGAUGCGAUGUCUGUGUUCAUACAUUUGGUUUUGUGGCUUCAAUGGGAUUGCAUGCAAGUAGGUUGGUGUGGAUUAAAAUGUAGGCACUUUCAGUAUAAUUAUGCAGUCUAUGUUCUUGUUUGUGCAAUGAGAUUGAACUCUCUCUCCAAGUUGGAGCUACCCAAAUCAACCUGGUCGCCUGAAAGUGUACUACAAGAUGAUCUUAGGCUGCAGGAGGCUCAAAAGAGGUUAUCUGAUGCGGAAGUUAUUCUAUUUCAGAUACAACAUAAACGUCAAGCAACAAUCCAGGAUGCAUUAGUUAUUGACGGUGACAAAUCUAAAGUUAAAAUGGAGGGCAAUUCGAAAAGCCCUCGAUAUGAACAGGAUAGCUAUGGAAAAGAAUGGCAGUCUAAGCCUAAGCUAGUUGUCCCAACAGCAAUAGAAAAAGAAGAAUCAAUCAGGUCUACAGGCGUUACCAAGAUAAGAUCAACACCAGGUGUAAUAAAACUUAUUUCAAGUGACAGACAAUUUGAAUCCUCUGGAAUUAAAUCUAAGUCAAGUAGAUAUAUAUCUGCACCCACGAUUGAACUUGUGAAUAUUUCAGACAAUGAAGAUUCAGAAGAGGAGAUACCAAAGCGGAAGUCAGAUGAUAGAGAGUGCGUUGAUUUGAUUUCAGAAGUUUGCAGUAGUAAAUCUGCAUCUACCAUGCAAUUUUUUCACCCAAACUAUGUUUCUAGUCAACACAAGCGAAAGAUAAGAAGCCUUGUGAUAAAUCCUUCCAUUGGUCAUCUUUGUGCAACCAGUGCUCUUGAUGGGGCUAUAAACUUUUGGAAAAUUCUAGAAAAUGGGCUGUCUUUGAAAUUGCUUAGUACUAUAGAAUCUGUAUCACCGGGGCAAAGAAGGUGGCCUGAGGACAUCACGUGGCAUCCUGAUGGAGAAAAGUUGUUUGCCGCUUACAGUGCUGAUGGUGGAGAUCAUCAAGUAUCUAUUAUUAAUAUGCAUGCAGCUGAGAAGGUGACUUUCUUAGAAGAGAAGCCUCAUAUAAAAGGUAUUGUGAACAGUAUUGUAUUUAUGCCUUGGGAUAGUGUGUGCUUUGCUACUGGGGGAUGUGAUCAUACUGUGGUCUUGUGGAAUGAGAAAGAGAAGGAUGAUGGGGGUUGGGAGCCAAAGGCCUUGCAUCGGAAUUUGCACACCUCUGCAGUGAUGGGUGUAGCUGGGAUGCGGCAAAAGCAGAUGGUAUUGUCAGUGGGUCAAGACAAGAGAAUAAUUGGAUAUGAUGUACAAUUUGAAAAAACAGAUUUUAAGCACAUGUUGGAAAGCAAAGUAAUGGGAUUGUUGCUAAAUCCAAUUGACUUAAAUCUCUUCAUGGUGCAAACAGGAACUCCUGGAAGACAGCUUCGCCUUUUCGACAUAAGAGCACACAACAAGGAGAUCCAUAACUUUGGUUGGACACAGGAGACAAGUGACUCCCAAUCAGCCCUUAUACAUCAAACAUGGUCUCCUGACGGCUUAUAUAUUUCAACUGGAUCUUCUGAUCCAAAAAUUCAUGUUUUUGAUAUUCGAUAUGACAGCCGAGAGCCCUUUCAAUCCAUCCAAGCCCAUCAGAGGCGUGUCUUUAAAGCAGCCUGGCACUCUACUUUGCCGUUGCUUAUAUCAAUCUCCUCGGAUCUUCAGAUUGGUUUGCACAAAAUUUUGAAGUAAUGAUGACUUGGCUGACUUUAUCUAAGUUGGUUUAGAUCACUGGAAAGCGACAAUGAGUUCUGUUGAGGGCUCAAUUUAUGGAGCAAACUUUAAGUAAUCCAUGAAAUGAUAGCUCUAUGUUUGUACAUAUUUGACUGUCAAAUAUUUGAUUUCUAAGCAACUACAGUGCAACAAAUAAUUUGCAAUUAUUUUCCUAACCAAAAAAUAAAUGUUCUUUAUAGGC